UUCAAAAAUACUUCGCCAAUCUCCUUGCCUCGUAACCAUGGAUAUAUAGUAUUAAAGGACAGGGCAGCCUUUCUUUGUAUUUUCCAUAUUAAUUAUUGAGAAUUUUUUUGGGCGUUACCGGUCUGGUACUUGUUACUUUGUUAGAUUUCAAAACAAAGAAAAGGAAGCGAGCUUCAGGUUUAUGUUUGGAUCAGCUAUAAAUUUUCGGUGAAAAGCAAAAGGGAUGGCGAGUUGUCUAUGGAGGAGUCAUCCCCAACAACUAAUUCAAUAUCGCCAUCACUCCUCCGCCUUAUCCGAUUAUCAUUCUCUUCAUCCCUGUCAUCUGUAUGACCGCCGCCUUUGUAAUUUCUCAGUCACAACCCGUCCCCGCCGUAGCCGCUCCUCCGGAAUCUAUUGUAACUAUGACGAUACGAAACCCAAUCAAUCAUCUUCUACAGGAAUUCAACUUUAUGGUCAGAUUGAGAGAUUAAUUACAGAAACUGUGAGGCAAUCACAAGAUGCUUGGGGUGGUUCAAAAGACUGGAUUGAAGUUGAGGGUGCAUGGGUUCUCAAACCAAGAAGCUCACAACCCAAGUCAGCCGUUCAUUUUGUUGGAGGUAUAUUUGUUGGAGCAGCUCCACAGCUUACCUACCGUUUGUUUCUUGAGCGCCUUGCAGAAAAGGGUAUUUUGGUGAUUGCCACACCAUAUGCUAGUGGCUUUGAUCAUUUCUUCAUUGCGGAUGAAGUGCAGUUUAAAUUUGAUAGGUGUUUUCGUUUUUUAAAAGAAAUGACAGAAGAUCUUCCUACUUUUGGCAUUGGCCACUCAUUGGGUUCUGUUAUUCACCUUUUGAUUGGAUCACGAUAUGCUGUGCAAAGAAGUGGGAAUGUGUUAAUGGCUUUUAACAACAAGGAGGCAAGCUUAGCUAUCCCUUUGUUCUCGCCUGUUCUUGUUCCUGUGGCCCAAAGCAUUGGACCAUUUCUAUCACAAAUUGCAUCAUCACCAACAGUCCGCCUUGGGUUCUUGCAGGCAGAGAUGACUUUGAAGCAACUAGAGAACCUAAGCCCACCCAUUAUGAGGCAAGUUCUUCCUUUGGUGGAGCAGCUGCCUCCAUUGUACAUGGACUUAGUCAAGGGAAGAGAAGAUUUUUCUCCAAAACCUGAAGAAACCCGACGACUUGUGAAGUCAUACUAUGGCAUUUCUAGAAAUCUUUUGGUGAAGUUCAAGGAUGAUGCAAUUGAUGAAACUUCAACCUUAGCUCAGUUGCUUAGUUCAGAAUCAGCUAUUAGUUCAAUGCUAGACAUGUCAAUUCGCUUGAUGCCUGGAGAUCAUGGGCUUCCUUUGCAACAGGUUCUCCCAGAUGUCCCACCCGCAAUGGCAGAUGCGGUAAAUCGGGGAAGUGAGUUUUUGGCAAAUCUGACCGUGGGAACACCAUGGGAGACCGUUGCUAAGGAAGUAGGCAACACAAUAGGUGGAGAUUCAAGGAUCCUUCGUGCUGAAGCAUCCAAGGACAUAGAUCGGCUUGUUGAAGUGAUCACCUCUUGGAUGGCCUCUAAUACAGGUCCAAAACUUCUAAGGCCAUAAUGAGUUGGGUAGUCACACUUACAUCAAGCAAAAAUUGGGAGAUGCUAGAAGAAUACUUGGGGAAUAUGAUCUUUAUGUUAUUCUAUUGUACAUUCCGUAAUUACAUGGCAUAUCCAAUCUUAGAAGUCAAUCAAAUAAUGGAUUUCAACUAAUUAGGAGUGGACAGAUACAGAUGUAGUUUAUUUCUUCUUGUUAAUCUAGAAUUUCUUAGGUUGUAAAAGAAAGAUUGCAAUUUCUAUAAAUUUACAAAAAUACAACUCAACUCAAUUAA